GUCAUGCAAAAGGAAACGUAUACCGAUGGACGCAACAGCCAUGGAAGGUGCUCAACCUCCUCUGAUGGUCUCCUCAGGGUUUCUUCCGGCCGCAACGCUGCUGGAGUCGCUGAUCCUCGUCUCAGAUGACGUGGCAUCGAUCGAGAAGGCUCCUUUCCUGCAGAGAAAGAACAUCUCUGCGAUGAUGAGAAGGAUAAGUCUACUGUCCUCGUUGUUUGAGGAGAUCCAAGAACAAGUGCAGAAGCAGCCACUCCCACCCUCUUCAGUGCUGUGCCUCACCGAGCUCUACUCCGUUAUUCGGAGAGCCAAGAUUCUGAUUGAGAGCUCAGUACAGGGCAGCCUCUUGUGGAAUCUCAUGCAAACUGAGAGCAUCUCCAAUCAGUUCUAUACCUUGGUGAAGGAGAUGGCGAGGGCGCUUGAUAUCCUGCCUCUCAGCUUGCUCGAUUUGAGCGCGGAUACCAAGGAGCAGGUUGAGCUUCUCCACAAGCAGGCAACGAGAGCCCAGCUGUAUGUGGACCAUGUGGAGGCUGAAACAAGGGAUCACCUCAUCCGAGCUGCAGUCGCAAACAACGAGGGGAGCCGGAAGAGCAAGGGAUUCGUUGAUCUAGUCAGAGUCAGAGACAGUUUGCGCAGCAUGGGUGUGAAUAGCCCAGAACAGAUUGCACAAGAGGUGUCAAAACUAGAGGCAGAAGCAGAGAAGCAAGCAGGGACAGGUGGGCUUGUAGUGGUUUCUAAUAUCAACAGUCUCAUCUCCUUGAUAUCAAUGUCGAAAACUAGUGUGGAAGAGAACUCGAGAGCUCACGUGGAUUUGAAGAAGCGUAAGGUGCCCACAAGCAAUCGCCAAGACCAGUCGUUUUCUAGUUUUAUGGCAGUGAGCGUACCUGAUGAGUUCCGCUGCCCGAUCUCGCUUGACUUGAUGAAUGAUCCUGUGAUCGUGGCAUCGGGGCAUACUUAUGACCGGAGUUCGAUUGCACAGUGGAUCAAUUCCGGUCACCACACGUGCCCAAAGAGCGGGCAGAGGCUGAUCCACAUGGCUCUGAUACCGAACUACGCAUUGAGAAGCUUGAUCCAGCAAUGGUGCCAAGAGAACAUGAUCCCAACUGCUGCAUCAGAGGUGGAAAGAAGUAGUAGCAAGAGAAGGUCUAGUGAGACUGCUGUUGAUCAUAUCUCUGUAACUAAAGCUGCUGCAGAUGCUGUAAAGAUGACGGCUGAGUUUCUAGUAGGGAAACUAGCAACGGGAUCGCGGGAUAUCCAAAGGCAGGCAGCGUACGAGCUCCGGUUGCUUGCUAAAACUGGAAUGGACAACCGCAGUAUAAUUGCUGAGGCAGGAGCUAUUCCAUUUCUGGUCACUCUUCUAGGUUCACCUGAUUCGAGAAUCCAGGAAAAUGCGGUGACUGCAUUGCUCAACCUCUCCAUACACGAGAACAACAAAAUGCUCAUCAUGGCUGCUGGAGCGAUUGACAGCAUAGUGGAAGUUCUGCAAUCAGGAAACACAAUGGAAGCGAAAGAGAAUGCAGCAGCAACAAUUUUCAGUCUGUCAAUAAUAGGUGAGCAUAAAGCAAUAAUUGGUGCUCACCCACGAGUUAUUCCAGCAUUGGUGCGGCUCCUAGGGGAAGGAACAGCUGCAGGAAAACGCGAUGCUGCAACAGCGCUCUUCAACCUUGCACUCUUCAAUGCUAACAGAGGCAAGGUAAUAAUUUCGGGCGCAGUUCCGUUGCUUAUUGAGCUGCUGACAGAUGAUAAGGCAGGUAUCACAGAUGAUGCUCUAGCAGUGCUUUCCCUUCUCUUGGGAUGUGCUCAAGGACUGGAAGAGAUACGGAGGAGCCGUGAUCUUGUGCCCCUUCUUAUCGAUCUUUUGAGGUUCGGGUCUUCCAGGGGGAAGGAGAAUGCAAUCACCCUUCUACUUGGACUCUGUAAAGAUGGGGGAGAGGAAGUUGCACCAAGACUGUUGAUGAAUCCAUACAGCAUUCCUUCUCUUCAGAGACUAACAGCAGAUGGCUCAUUGAAAGCUCGACGAAAAGCUGAUGCACUGCUUAGAAUACUCAACAGAUGCUGCUUUUAAAUCCCACUUCAUGUUGGAUGUUAAAUAGUCUUCAAUUUAUUCUUCAACUUCUUGUCCCUAAACCCUGUUAUACCCCAUUGAUCAAUAUCUUCUGUAAAUCUGUACACAGCACCGACAUACAGAUUAUUUCUAUUACAUAAGCAAUACCUUACUUUGUAUUUUGCAUCCAAAUA